AAAUAUGAUUUUAUUCGAAGUCUCAUUGAGUUAUUUAUUUUUUUAGCACUGCGGGCACAUCAAAAAACUAUCUUCAACUCAGUAACAGAAAAAAUUAAGGACGAAAUUAAUGGACACGAUGUCUAUUUCAUUGUUGACGAAACUAGUGACAAAGUGCAACGUAAAGUGGUCAACGUGCUUGUAGGAAAAUUGAAUGGCGAGAAAGCAAAAUCAAUGUUAAUUGAUGUGACAUUUCACUCAACAGUUGACAACAUUAUAAUACAAGAAUGUAUACUCAAUGUGUCUAGAAAAUUGUGGCCAAAUGAUUUAAAAUAUUCAAAACUGAAGUUAAUAGUGACAGAUCGAGCAAAAUACAUGAUGAAGGCAGUAAGUGAGAUUAAGAAAAAUUCAUUGAUUUUUUCAAAUGUACAUCACGUCACGUGUCUCGCUCACGCCUUACAUAACGUUGCAUUUAGGAUUCAGAAUGAGUACAAAUUAACAAAUUCGCUUAUAUUAGAAAUGAAUAAGUUUUUUGUGAAGUCAAGAGAAAGAGAAAAUGAUUUUAAGAAUGCAACUGGAGUUAGUAAUCUUCCUCCAGAACCAAUUAUCACUCGCUGGGGAUUUCAGUUAAAUGCUGCAAAAUACUAUGUCGAUAAUUUUGAUACUGUUGAGCGCUUCACUUUGAACUAUAAACAAAAAUCUCAUUCAAAUGCUAGAAACGUUUUGGUGAAACUAUUGCAAGAGAAAAAAGUUAAUCUCAAUAAAGAAUUAUUUGAUCUCUGUAAUCUUGUCAAGCUAUCAAAUAUUAUAUCAUCACUGGAAGAACAAGGACUCGGUGUAGCUGAACAAGCCAAAUUACUUGAAAAUGCAAAAGAAAUUGUUUCUGGCUAUCCUAUAUUUUCUCAAAAAUUGGAAAAAGUUUUGUCAAGUAAUACUGAUCUUAUCAAAUUUAUGUCUUUUGAUAUGAAUUUAAGUGAUAAACUUAAUAGUGAAUACGCUCCUUUAGUUGCAUUCGACGUCGAACAUUCAUUCUCAUUGUAUUCAUCGAUAUUGAGCGAUCGACGUCAUAGUUUAAGCGAGGAUCAUUUGAAAUAUCUAAGUGUAAUUCGUUUUAACUCAUUUUUGAAAUAAAUAACUGGCUAUUUUUUUGGGUGAAUUUAAGACAAAAAAUUGGCGGUUUUCACCGCGAUUUUAGGCCCAAAAUCUGGCAAAAACUUUCAGCUCUAAUCAUAACAGAUGGUACCACACAAGCAGAUUUAAACAUUGUCAGGAAAGUUUAGCAACUCAUUGCUGGAUUUUUUUUUUGUAUAAAUGAAGAGGAAAAUCAAAAUGACUACUAACAUCAAUUCAUAAAAAUAGUUUCCAAUUAAAUGUUAAAUAUGAGAGAGCAUAAGACUAGACUAAUUUUUAAUUUUUGCAAUUUGAUUUAUAAUUAUGAUUCAAAGUAUAUUCUUCAAAAUAAUUAGAAGCUAUGUAGUAUGAGAUUUUACUUAUUAGCAAAAUCAACAUUUUCAGUCUAGUUUUAAUAUUUAGGAUCUAUGUGUAGUAGUGUUAGUUAUUCUAAAAAAUAAUUCUUAAUGAACACCAACAUUUUUAGAAGGAAACUCUAAAAGAAUUCUAAAUAACUUUUCUAUACCAGGAGUGAUACUGUUAUCUUUGUUCAAUGUCAAAUACCUUGCAAGAGUUAUCAGUGCUCUAAGGCACAAAGUUUAAUAAAUUACAGUGGUACCUCGGUAUACGUCUGCUUUAGAAUAUGUCCAAUUCAGAAUACGUCCUGUUUGGAUGAAACAAAUUUUGCUCGGUAUACAA